AUGCAGGACGCCGCCAUGAAGCGCGACUCGGCCGACCCUGACAUCGAUGACUGGGCCGACACCAUGCCGCCCCGCAUUUCACUGCGGCGGCAGCGGCACAGGCCCCUCCGUCGGGCGGGGAAGGCCGCGGCGGCGGACGCGGCGAUGGCCGUGGAGCUUGCGGUGCCCCGACGUGCGGCGGCCGACCCGCCAACGCGCAAGGGUACAGCGGAUGUCGCUUCGGAGAUCGGGCGGUGGCAGGCCCUUCCGCCAGCGCGCUGGCGCCGGGGUGGCGGCGGCUGGCAGCUUGGCCGGCCUAUGGUCGGGGGCGGACAGAACCCCCAACAGUGA